AUGGGGUUGGUGGUUAUGGGGGGGAAAGGGAUUGAGGGAAUUGUUGAUGUGGGGGUUAUUGGGGGUGGAAGGGUGAGUGGAGGAGAAUUUGGGAUGGGAGUUGGUUGGAAGUGUGGGAGGGGGGGGAAUGUGGAGGGGAAGAGGGUGUGGUUGGGUGUAGGAUUAGAGAUUGGUUGGGAUGUGGGUGGGGGGGGGUUAGGGGGGGGGGGGAGAGGUGAGGGGGGGGGGGGGAUUGGGAUUGGAGGGGGGGGAGGGGUUGUUAGAGGGGGGGUGGUGGGGAGUAUAUUUUGUUUGGGGGUUUGGGGGGUUGGGGUUUUUAGGGGUGUGGGUUUGGAUGUGAAGGGGGGGUUGGGGGGGGAGGUGGGUAUGUGGAGGUGGGGGAUGUGUUGUGUGGGGGAGUGUUUGGGGAUUUGGAAUUUAUUUGGGGGUUUAUUGGUGGGAGGGGAUGGGGUAGUUAUUGUGUGUAGGGGGGGUGAUAGGGGGGAGGAUGGUUGGUUUGGUGUGGUGGUGGUGAUGGGGGUGGGUGGGGAUGGAGGUUGUGGAUGGGGGGUUUUUGGGUGUGUUGGAGGGGUGUUUGUUGGAUGGGGAAGGGUGGGUGAGGGAUUAUUGAUGGGGUGGUAUGGGUUUUGUUGGGUUGGGGGGGGAGGGUUUCUGAUGGGGGGGGGGUUGGUGUUGGAGUGGGUUUGGAGAUGGUGUAGGGUGGGGUUGGGGGGUAUUGGUGUGGGAUGGUUUGGAAAAGGGUGUUUGAGGUGGGGGUGUAGGGGGGGGAGAGAAAUGGUUUGA